GCAUGUACAUAUUUCAAAUAUUGGACUCGUAUGCAGUUAGUGGUUUUUGCCUGUUAUGGCUGAUAUUUUUCGAAUGUGUGUCAAUAUCGUGGUGCUACGGCGUCAACCGUUUCUAUGACGGCAUAAAAGAUAUGAUCGGUUAUUACCCAAUGGCCUGGUGGAAAUUUUGUUGGUGUGUUACAACCCCACUUAUUUGUCUGGGAGUUUUCUUUUUCAACAUUGUGCAAUGGAAACCAAUAAAAUAUUUAGACUAUAACUAUCCUUGGUGGGCCCAUGCGUUUGGUUGGUUUACUGCCUUGUCAUCGAUGCUUUACAUACCUGUUUACAUGGUUUGGCUAUGGAGGCGAACACCUGGAGAUACAGGCGAGAAAAUUCGAGCGAUCGUACGAAUAGAUGAAGAUAUUAAGCACCUCAGAGAGAAAAUGCAACAGGAUACCGCUAAAACAGUGGAAAUUUUUGCACUAUAAAUCUCUUCUCAACAAAAAGAAAAUAUACACAAACUAUGCACUAUAAGGAAUCAGCUGAGUUUGAAAUAUUCAAUAUUUAUUACUAAUUUCCGAAUCAAUUAUUUAAAACACAUUCGAAUUUCAUUUAGAAUUAAGAAUCUAAUAAAAAUUAGUUAGCCGAUAGAAUUUUAUGCUUAAAACUUUUCCGUGUUUAGCGUGUGUAUUUAAAUUUAUCUUACACAUUCAUGAUAUAUCUACAUGAAUUAAUUACAUGGUUUGUACAAUAUAUUCUAAUUGUAAAAAAUAAUUCUUAUUACAUAGGUAAUC